AGUAGAAUUUGUAUCAGUUGUACUCCAACCGUGACAACAUGAAAUUCUUAAUCGUUUUCGCCUUGGCUUUGGCCACCGCUUCGGCCUUUGAUUUGAGGUCCAACCACCUUGAAUCACGCUCCGUUGUUAUGCCCGUCGUUGAGAGCGAGGGUCGCAUUACCAAUGGUCAAACUGCCUCUGUCGGCCAAUUCCCCUACCAGGUUGGUCUCUCCUUGAAAGUUAGCUCCACUUCCUCAGCCUGGUGUGGCGGUUCUUUGAUUGGAAAUUCAUGGGUCUUGACUGCUGCUCACUGUACCGAAGGUAUCCUUUCCGUCACUGUCUAUUUGGGCGCUACUGUCCGCACUUCCGCUGAAGUCACCCGCACUGUCGACAAGGCCAACGUCAUUAUUCACUCCGGUUGGAAUCGUAGCAACUUGAAAAACGAUAUUUCCUUGAUCAAGAUUCCUGCUGUCACCUACACUUCCAGAAUCAACAAAGUCGUAUUGCCCGCUAUUUCCAGCUCUUACUCCACCUAUGCCGGCGAAACUGGUAUCGCCUCCGGUUGGGGCCGCAUCUCUGAUUCUGCCACUGGUGUAACCACCAACUUGCAAUAUGCCCGCAUGCCCAUUAUCACCAACACCGUCUGCGCUUCCACCUAUGGCUCAACUAUUACUUCAACCAACAUUUGUGUCUCGACCAGCGGUGGUAUCUCCACCUGUAAUGGUGACUCUGGCGGCCCAUUGGUUUUGGCUUCCAACAACAAACAAGUUGGUUUGACUUCCUUCGGAUCCUCUGCUGGUUGCGCUAAGGGUUAUCCUGCUGCUUUCACUCGUGUCACCAGCUAUUUGGAAUGGAUUAAGUCUAACACUGGCAUCUCCUACUAAACAAUAUUUUCUCCUU